AGAGGUGGCGGUUGUGCUAUGAAGGCAGACCCCGCCAAGCUGGCCGACAAGACGCUGCGUACCCCCAAGUGCUCGCGGUGCCGGAACCAUGGUUUCCUGGUGCCGGUCAAGGGCCACGCGGGCAAGUGCCGCUGGAAGCAGUGCACCUGCGAGAAGUGCUACCUGAUCAGUGAGCGCCAGAAGAUUAUGGCAGCGCAGAAGGUGCUCAAGAAGCAGGCCUCUGAGGAGGAGCAGGAGAUGGCCCUCGGCACGCAGGGGCUGGAGCUGUUGUCCGGGGUUGCGGCCGCUGCCCCGGGCUCGAGCCUCCGCCAGCUGCUUCCGCUGGCCGUUUCGGGAGACCGGGAGCUAGGCCCGGAGUGCCGCGUGACCGCAGGCUUCCCUGAGAGGCCCCCGCGGGGCCCAAGCCCCGGCCCGAGCGCCUUCCAGCCAGUUUUGGGCAGCCGCGGCCAGGUGGGGCUGAGCGAGCCAGCCACCGUGGCCAUGCCCAGUUCUGUGGGGCCCCAGCUCGGGGCGGAGGCCGCAGGCAAGGGCUAUCCCGGCCGCUUGGAGCUGCGAAGGCCGCUGCGGACCGUGCCCAGCCCGGCGUUCACCGACUUCGGGCUUCCUCUGAGCAUCAGCUCAGACUGUGUGGUGGGGUCCGAGUACCUGGAGAGAGAGCCUUCCAAGCUGUACCCCAGCUGCUCCAACAUGCAUUCCUACUGCCCAUUCCCACUGGGCUACCAGGAUGGAUCCCCAACUCCAGGCAUCCCCUUGCAGCGGGGCUUCCGGCAUGUGUCCUGCAGCCACUUCCAUGGAGGAGCCUUGGUGCCCGAGCCGGUGGGAGACUUCCAGCCCAGCUACUACCCGCCGCCGCCGCCACAGCCGCCGCAGCCUCAGUUCCUCCCGCCAGGCUUCCUGUCUGCGCUCCACUUCCUGCCGCCGCUGCCGCCGCCACCGCCACCUGCGUCUUUCUCUCUCACUGUCCUGUCUGAUACAGACAAGGAAGCCACUGACGACCAGGACCAAGAUGCGGAGGUGCCAGAGGCGCCGCCCCGUGAGCCCAGCCAGCCGCCCUCUCAUGAGCCGUCCGACUAGGCCCAGGCACUUGGGCCAGCGGGGCGGGGGCUUGGGGGUGUUACAGCAGUGAUGUUCUUGUCCGUGUUCGGAGAUGUGUAGGGAGGAAGGAGAGUGGGAGGUAUAAAAUGGCAGUUAAUUUCCAUUUCAAGACAGGAGGGAGGAGGGUGAUUUCUGAAGUUCUCUCAAUCCUGAGACGUGGGAUUGACCAGGAGUGUGGAGGAUGGUUAGCAGGGGAGGGCCAGGGCUCUGAGGAUUGCGGGGCUGGUGGAAGCUCACAUUUAGGAAUGAAUUUAACCGAGUCUGGGUGGUUCUGUUGUUAAACUCACUCCCGGAUACGGUCUUUGAUUUCCUCAGGCCCCGCUCCAGGACAGGGGGCACUAAUUCAGCCUUCUGCUUCUGCCUCUGUGUGGUCCCCGCUGGGGGCAGCACAGACACCAAGCCCCCAGCACAUCCAGGUGGCCGGUAUGGGCAGCGGGCCCACGGGCGCUGACAGCGGGUUCUGCAGCGUCCCUCCCUGCCGCUCUGGCUCGAGUGGGCUGCCUGGCCACCGCCCCUCGCCCCUUCAUCAAGGGGCUUCACUAAGCAUUCUGACCGCUGGGGCUGCUUCAUCUCCCCUCCAAAAGUUUCAGCCACUCUAGGCAUCAUUUCUGGUUUAAAAAAAACUCCAUUAAAGUUUGACUAUUUGAUAUUUUUACAGUGAUUGCCGACUUUAAAAAGUAGGCUGUUCAUAAGCACUGAUGCAGUUCUCGGAGAGUAGAAUGGUGCUUCUAAAUCAUCUCUGUAUCCAUUUCUUCUCUGGGGACAGUUGACUGUUGAAAUAAAAUAAGCAAUGGAAAUUGUCGUGGCAGGUUUAUUCUCUCUUUAAAUCCUUGUAGAAGGUGUUGGGUAAGAGGUCAGGUCGGGGCCUACCUCCCCUCUCCCUUUGCCUCUGUUAGCAAGUGAGAGGCUUGGGCCAAGCUACUAGAUUUUUGACUAUCAUUAUUGUUGGUAUUACCACCACUUUUUUUUUUUUUUAAGCAGUGGAGACCUUUUCAGGAAAUCUGAUGCAGACCCCAAAUAUAAAGAUUUCUUUUAGUUUCCCUCACCCAGCUGUGGGGGUGGUCAGAGAAAGCCUUCUGGAGAAGUUGGGGUCUCAAUGCCAUCUUAAAGGAGUAGGCACUCCCAGUGGGGGGGGGGGUGCAGAGAGUAGGGGGCCUGGAGUGAAGGAUUCUGGGUGAGAGAUUGUGUCCUGUUCUCUGUCCAGGGAAGGACUGGCAUUCAAGAGAACAGGGCGACCUGUUUCCCGCCUGGCCAGUAGGCAGGGGUGUCCCAGCAUCCUCAUAGGGUAAGUGGCAGGACAACUGCCGAGAUGUGAUACUCGCCUGUUCUCCCAACAUCAGUGCGGUGGCUGGGCCUGGGCCUGCUCUGCUGGAAGGCACUGGAGCAGGAUACAGUCACAGGAAUGUUUCAGUUACUGCUUUAUAGAUGGUUCUUUCAGCGGGGCCGACAUAAGCAUGCCAAGGCCUGUAGGUCAGCCUUGGACCUGGACCUGAUGAUGUGACUUUGGACUAGCCUGGCUUUGAGGCGGAAGGUCCCCCCACUCCUGGGUCCAUAGCACUGCAGGAGCCCUGGCUUCCAGGUGACCUCACUCCCCCUGCCCUCAUUGGAUCCUGGCCUGUCCAUGUGGCCAAGUAUGGCUGAAUCAGUACCCCUACUUUUUCAAUACACUUUAUUUUAUUGU